AUGGACGUGAGGAAGAGGAGGAACAAGAAGAAGUGGACAGGCACGCAGCGCCUGGCGCCUGCUCCGGAGGUGAAGAGGAGCGUGGGGAGCGUGGCUGCGUCAUGGACUACGCUGUUUGAUGCUGCUGUGGUGGCCCUCGUGCCUCAAGCGACCUCGGCCGCUACAUGCCAGAUGGUUGCCACCCAGGUAGGAGAGAUGGGCGGCGAUUUGAGCGCGCGUGUGGUGGGGGCGAUGCGACGCUGGCGCCUCGUGCAAGACCAACAGUCCCUCGAACUGGUGGCCCGGCUGACGGCCUUCUUCGACCCACCUUCUGUUGGCCGCCAUCACCUGCCCCUCAACGAGUGGGGCCAUCUGCCCCACGAGGCCUUGCGCGCGACAGCGAGCCUGUGGAGCAACAUCUCCUCCAUCGACGUCUCGCCACCGAAGCAUGCGCCCGCCGAGGCCCAUGUGGCCGUCGACGACGAGUGGCUGGAGGAGCUGGCCGAGAGCCCCGCAGCACAGAACCACCUGCAGGAGCUCAACCUCUCCGGCUGCCCGCACAUCACCCUGCAGGGCCUGCGUCACUUGAAAGCCUUUCCGCACCUCAGGAAGUUGCGCUUGAAGCGACCCGAGAACGCCCCAGAGCCUGGCGAAGACGACACAGACCUGUACCAAGUGUUGGUGGCGAGCUGCCCCAUGCUGGAGUUUCUCGUGCUCGAUGCUGAGCUACCACCGUUCACGUUUGCCGACCGGCUGAGCAAAGCUCCCUUCAGUGCGGUCUCCGACACCGAAGAGGGCGGCGAGACGGGCUCGGUGGUGCUGCCGCACCUGCGCCGACUGCGUGUGCCUGAGAUCCCCAUGCGCACGCUGGAGGUUCUUUGGCAGUCGGGCCGGCUCGCCUCCUUCCACGAGCUGGGCUUCAAGCUCCCUCGCAUUCACCUCCCCACAACCACCAGCUACGCGGACAUGCUCACAGCCUGCCCGAGCCUUCGCAAUGCCGUGCUCACCGCCGAUCACGCCGUUGAGAUCAACGAGAAGUUUCAAGCCACCGGAUCGGUGCCGGGUUUCCUGGCCGAGUGCGUCAACCUGGAUCUCAACGGCAUAUCGCUGUCCCUUCUGCAGCACUGCCCUCGGCUCGAGAAGCUGUCCCUGUUCGAGGGUGACUGGACAUUUGCCGACUUCGGCACUGGCUUCCCUCGGCUGGCCCACCUCCGCCGCCUCACGCUCAGCUCGCUCGAUAUCACCAACGACAACCCGGACGACCAGCCCGACCCUCCGGCCGCCGAGGCGACAGCCCCGUCGCCAGCGCGAUCCAUGUGGCGGGCGGUCUUCAGCGCAGUGCCCAAGCUGGAGUACCUCAAGGUGACCGACUGCGAAUGCGGCACGGCCGAGCUCGUUGACUCUCUUCGCCUGCUGACCAACCUCAAAUCGCUCACUCUCACGGACCUCCCGGGCCUGUCGACGGCCAUCACGCUCGAAGCCAUCGCCUCCGUGCCGUCACUCACCGAACUUGUGCUCGAACUGACACCGGACCCGACGGGCACCGCACCGGGACAGACAGUCCGCUUGUGUCAUGGUCGCCUCGAGCACAUCCGCCUCUCGGCCAGGCUGUACACCAACCAAUCGACCAGCCUCCAGCUCGAGUGCCCGCGGCUGCGCACCUGCGAGCUGUCCUUCGACCGUCUCGACGUCGCCACAGUGACCGACAGUCUGCGUGCGAGAUCGCCUCUCCUCAGGCGCCUCGCGCUGGGCAAAUUGUUAGAGUGGCCCGUGGGAGUGACGUCCCGGUGGCUGUGUGAGCUGGUGGCCGACUUCCCGCUCCUGCAAUCGCUCAGCGUCACGUCGCGCCAGUUGCCCGUCAGCGCGCGCGAUCCACGUGCCGACCCGUCGCUGCCACUGACUCACCUCUCGCUGCGCGUGUCGCUCUCGGACGACGGCGCCAUGCGGCAGCUCCUGCAGGCGUGCCCGUACCUUCGAUGCCUCGACCUGGCCGUCACCUUCCCUCAAGCGAGCCUCGGUUCUGCGCUACCGGCACUGCCCUCCGUCACCGCGCUGCGCCUCGACGAGGUGAUGUUCCCUCGAGGGGCUCGACUCGACCUGGCGGCGAUCACACCCAACGCAGAGCAGGUGAGCCUGACGUCAGUCCACGUCGACAGGCUGGUGGCUGUCCGCUGCCACGCGCUGCGCAAUCUGGAGAUGCGAAACUGCCUGCGCAUGAAUCAGGUGGAGAUUGCCGACGCGCCGCGGCUCGAGAAGGUGCGGUUUGACGGGCCGCCGGGCCAGCAGCCGCAGUGGAGGCUCCGGCGCUGCCCGCUGGUCUCGCUCGUGCUGGGCAAUGCGAGGGGCGCGUCACACGGACCCGGCGGCUGGGACGACUACUACGAAUUCCUCGACGACCCCGAUGAUGACUUUGACGACUACUACGACGACUACGAUGACUACCACGACGACGACCUGGACGACUUUCCCUACGAUGAGGAUCCUGAUUACUACUCCGAGGACGAGUAUCCUGAUGACCUUGAAGAGCAAGACCUCAUCGACGCCGAAAUCGACGCCCAACAGGAGGAGCAAGACCUCCUCGACGCUGAAAUCGAUGCCCAGCAGGAGGAGCAGGACUUCCUCGACGCCCAGAUGGCCGCCCGCCUGGACGAGGAGCAAGACCUCAUCGACGCCGAAAUCGAUGCCCAGCAGGAGGAGCAGGACUUCCUCGACGCCCAGAUGGCUGCCCGCCUGGACGAGGAGCAAGACCUCUUCGACGCUGAAAUCGAUGCCCAGCAGGAGGAGCAAGACCUCCUCGACGCCCAGAUCGCUGACCGGCUCUACGAUGACGACCACUACCACGACAGCGACCAGGACUAA